AUUUACUCUAAGGCCGGCGGGCGGGCUUUCUCGAUCAUCAUAAAAAAGAUAAAUUUGGGAGAUAAAAAAAUAGAGAAAGAAACAGCCGAUCCUGAACGCGCUGCCUAUGGGGCCAAUACACCUCUAAAUCCAUCCAAAGGUCGUAACGAGCAGAGCGCGGCUAGUUGGGCGCUAAGCAAAGAGAAAAUUCCAAAUGCUUUAAAUGCGGUGAGGGCCCGGGACAUGUGUGUCAAGGCGCAAAAGGGGCGCCCUUCAAUUCAGCAAGGCGACCAGAGGUCACUAUACAAAGCAUACCAGACAGCUAGUACAGUUGGAGGAGAUCCCUCCCCAUCAAAAGUAAAGUACUACUUGGAAUAUAUCGCCAUCCCGGGGAAAUCAGCCUCGCAUCCUCAACAUCAACAUAUU